AUGUAUGCGCUCCUCCAGCAGCAAUCGGAAGACGAUUACCAAUCCGUCCGGCUUCACCAACAGCUGACAAGUCCAAAGCAGGUCCGUCGGUAUGCAUCGGAAUCGCCCCAAAGCGGCGGUAACAACAGUAUCCUCUAUAUGGGAAUUGGCGCCGCCGGUCUUGCAGGCGCCUACUUGUAUAUGAGACAAGGAGACUCGCCAUCCGGACAGCAGGGCAACGCCCCGCCCUCGGAGGAGGCAAAGAAGAUCCCCGCCGUCAGCACGGGACCUGCAAAGCAAGCCUUUAAUGGCGGUGAGCAGGGCUUCCUGUCGCUUAUGCUGGAGAAGUCUGAGGUUGUGAACCACAACACCAAGAAGCUCACCUUCAAGCUGCCUGAGGAGGACAUGGAGAGCGGCUUGCCCGUUGCCUCCGCCGUCAUCACUAAGUACAAGGGCCCUGCGAUGGAGAAGCCUGUCAUUCGCCCCUACACACCCAUCAGCGAUGUCGACCAGAAGGGCACAGUCGACUUCAUCGUCAAGCAGUACCCCAAUGGCCCCAUGUCCACUCAUAUGCACAACAUGGAACCUGGCCAGAGACUAGACUUCAAGGGCCCGAUCCCCAAAUACCAAUGGUCUCCCAACAAACACGAGCACAUCGCCCUCAUCGCCGGCGGCACUGGCAUCACGCCCAUGUGGCAAACCGCCCGCGCCAUCUUCAAGAAUCCCGAGGACAAGACCAAAGUCACGCUCAUCUACGGCAACCUCACUGAGCAAGAUAUACUCCUCAAGAAGGAGUGGGAAGAGCUCGAAAACACCUACCCCCGACGCUUCCGCGCCUUCUACGUCCUCGACCACCCCCCCGAGGUCUGGCAAGGCGGCAAAGGCCACGUCACCAAGGAGCUCCUCAAGACGGUUCUCCCGGAACCCAAGGAGGGCGACAAGAUCAAGAUUUUUGUCUGUGGGCCCCCGGGCAUGUACAAGGCCAUAAGUGGGGGCAAGAAGAGUCCGCAGGACCAGGGCGAACUCGAGGGUUACCUCAAGGAGCUGGGGUACAGCAAAGACCAGGUGUACAAGUUCUAG